AUGGGAAACUCUGGACAUAGUCAGACUAAUACUGGUCUUGAGUCUGUUAUUGCGGGUGUUGUGGCCGGUUGCGUCACCCGCUCCUGCACAUCGCCUUUGGACGUGCUCAAGAUUGUGAUACAGGUCAAUGGUCCGUUGUCUCCAAAAUCCGUGACAGCAACCAGCAGUAUCACCACCGAUGCCUCCGUUUCUACACCGUCUGCUUUCGUAGCCAGACGCACCGUUGCAGUGCGUUCAUCGGCUUCAUCCGCCAUUGCUCGCACUGUUCGCGAGUUGUAUGCGUUGGAUGGCGUGCGAGCUUUCUGGCGUGGCAAUAGCGCAGGUUGCUGUCGUCUUGGGCCUUACGCUGGUCUUAAGUUCUACCUUUUCGACACCUUGCAAGCACACUUUGUUGCUCGAGAGUGUCGUGAUCUUAGCAACUGGCAGAGUGCUCUAUGUGGCGCCGCAGCCGGUCUCCUUGCCACUAUGGGCACCUACCCUCUUGAGGUGGUGCGCACCCGCAUGAUCUUACAGACCGCGAAUCCGGCCGUUGCUAACAGUGAGAUUUACGGUGUAUUGCAAGGAGUACGUUUAAUAUUCGAACGAGAAGGGCUACGCGGUCUGUAUCGAGGUGGUUGGUCCGGCGUUGCUGGUGCUAUUCCAUUUGAAGGCGUCCAGUUUGGCUGCUAUGAAUACUUAAAGAGGAAAGCCAUUCAUCAUCAGUGGCCUGCCUACCGCUGGCCCAAGGGUAAGACCGAAAUGAACGGGAUGGACUACUUUGUUUGUGGCAGUGUUGCCGGUGCGAUAGCUCAGACGGUGGCUUAUCCGUUUGAUACUGUAAAAAAGCGAUUACAGUCGCAGCAGGUGAAUCUCAAUGUGUCGAGUAUGGGUCCACUGUGUGCGGAAGGGGGCAAUCCUUCGACGUUGUACUAUCGCGGAAUGGUAGAUUGCUUUCGUAAGGUUAUUCGAGACGAAGGUCCACUGGCACUGUACCGUGGCACGGGCCCUAAUCUUGCUCGUAUUGUGCCAUACGCCGCUGUCAUGUUCUCGACGUACGAAACAACGAAAAAAGCAUUGCGUGUGUUGAGCAGCCGCGAUUAA